UGACACGAACAACCUUAAUACAUUCCCAAACACAGAGGCUACCGUUCUUCUCCAUGACUACAAAAAAAGCUCCAUACGCCUUUAUGAUGGAGAAGUUGUUAGAGACAAGAGCAACUUCCGCCAUCACGGAGUCGCUAUUGGAGACAGCAUCACCGAUUAUCAGUUGUCAGUUCCUAUUCAAUGGACAAAUGCCUACACCGUGUUGUCGAAUUAUACUAUUUUGAAUAGAUUAACGUCGGAUCCGUUUACAAUUGAAACCUGGAUAUUCACCAAUAAUACUUUGCGUCGUGGUUGGAUGUUUGAGAUUCCAGGGUCGUUGGAGUUUCUGUAUUUUGACGGAGGAUCAAAUAGGGUUAACAUCUACACUACAGAGGGAGUUGUUGGUUUUGACAUGCCCUACCGUUUGUCUAAUGUGAACAACGCGCUUCAAUACUUUGCUAUCACAUUUGAUGGACGUACUCUCAGAGGUUUCAUUAAUGGGCUAGAGAGAAACAGGACAAUAUUGACGGGGUCUCCAAUACUAGCGACUUCAGAUUCUCAUAUCUACAUCGGACGGCCUACAUUGACAAAUGAUGCCCUUUCUCCCGUAUCAUUGCGUAUUACAAGGAGGGCUCUGCACCAAACUCUAAUAU